AUGCGUGGGUGCUACCUGCUCUCCGGUAAAGACACGCUCGCAACGAAGUCCUUGGUGCCAGGUGUUUCCAUCUACGGCGAGAAGCGUAUGAGUGGAGCGAUUGCCGGUGAAACGGAGUCCUGCGAGUUCCGUGUGUGGAACCCGUACCGGUCAAAGCUGGCGGCGGCGAUCUAUUCCGGCGUCGCCCAGAUCUACAUGGAACCAGGGUCUACUGUCCUCUAUCUUGGGGCUGCUAGCGGAACUACUGUUAGUCAUGUCUCGGACUUGGUGGGGCCAGAGGGUAUUGUCUAUGCGGUGGAGUUUUCACACCGCAGUGGUCGUGACCUUGAGGAGAUGACGAAGCGCCGCAGCAAUAUUGUGCCGAUUUUGGAGGAUGCGCGAUACCCGCAAAAGUACCGGAUGCUUAUCCCACGUCUGGUGGAUUGCAUCUUCAUGGACGUUGCUCAGCCUGAUCAGGCACGUAUCCUAGCGCUGAACGCGCAGCAUUUUCUCAAAGAUAAUGGUGGCUUUGUCAUAUCGAUCAAGGCCAACUGCAUCGACUCUACCGCGGAUCCCGCAACAGUGUUCGCCUCAGAGGUUCAAAAGCUCAAGGAUUCUGGCCUGAGGCCCAAGGAGCAGGCUUCGCUAGAGCCCUUUGAACGUGACCAUGCGGUCGUCACGGGGUACUACAAGUCUCCACCGAAGUAG